UAGCCAGCCAUCUUUCCAAAUGACAUCAAAAAAGUAUAAAGUUUAUAGUGUGUUUAUUGAAUUUAUUUUACGAUAAAAAUGUCUUUCUAAACGCUUUGCAAAACGCAAACUAACGCACCACGCGUGCCACACAACUUAAAUAAUAUAAAAAUGUUUUCAAAAAUAGCUGCCGCCAUGGCGCCCACACACCAACCAAGUUUACCAUCAGGAUACGACUCCAAUUUCUUAAUAGAAAUACCAUCAAUAACGUCUUUUUCAUUUGACUUAAAUUAUGAUUCCAACAAGUCUUACUCUGGAGUCGUUAGCCCUUCCGCAGGAUUUAUAUUGGAACGGCAAAAUGGAACCAUCAUCGCCGCCCAGCAGCGAGCUCUUUCCGAUUCUUGAAUCGGUUGAGUCUUGGCUAUUAGAAGAUAACUUUGCAAAUGAUAUUUUAUUCGUAGAUAAUAAGAAUGUAGAUGUAAAAUUAAAUCCCUCAGAAUUCGAUGAUAACUUCAAUCAUGGCGAGGAAGUCAUUCUAGAACUUGAGUUUGAUGUUAAAGAAGAACCAUGGUCUGAAGUAAAAUCAUCUUCACCCCAGCAACUGAUUGACUUUGAAUCUUUCGAAUCAGUUUUUCAUCAUCCAUCUUUGGUAACAAAAGUACAAAAUCCCUAUGAAGGAGACAAUUGCAGCAAAUCAAUUUUCAAUAGUGCAACCAUCUUAACACAAUUAACACCGCCACAAUCCCCACCUCAAGCUGCCUUAACACCACCACAAUCUCCACCACAGGGACCCCAAGAUGUAAAAGAGAUCUUCGAUUACUUUUCAUCACAACAGGUCACCCAACAUCAGCAACAGCAACAACAACAACAACACUUAGAACACCAACAGCAAGCAGCUCAUCAUAUUAUCCAAUCGCAGCAGCAGCAACCAAGAAUUCCUACUCUUGUCUAUCAGAACAUCUCCAAUUCCUCGAUUCCUGUCACCGUAUCCGAUUUGAUCAAUAAUUCCCCUUUGCCAGUCAAUUCGUCGCAAUUGACUUUCACCCCAAAUCCAUACAACAAUGUCGCCAACCAGGAUAUCGCCCAGAAUUGUCAGAUUGUCGAUGAAAUUGUUGAAACUCGUGCCAAGGAGCUACCCGAUUGGCAAGAUGAACAAAGCUCUGAAUUCAAUUCAUCAUGCUUCAUGUCCUCAUUGUCGCCGCCUUCACAGUCGAUCGAUGAAGAUUGGGGACGUUCAUCCCCAUCAUCCUCUGACUCAUCGUACUCGUCAGUAAUUGGAGAUUCCUCCUCCUCGUCCAGUGAUGGAUGUGGUGGAAAAAUGCAAACGAGCAGCAGUCUCGCUAAAAAACGUACCCGACCUUAUGGUCGUGGACCGGAAGACCGUAAAAAUCGCAAAAAAGAACAAAACAAAAAUGCAGCCACACGUUAUCGUCAAAAGAAGAAGCAAGAAAUGGAAAUUGUCCUUACUGAGGAACAAGAAUUGUCCAAUAUCAAUAAGGCAUUGUCGGCCACUCUUGCUGAUCGCAAGCGUGAGGCUAAAUAUUUGAAAAAAUUGAUUUUGGAAUUUUAUCAGAAUAAAAAGUUGUAAUUCCUAAUUUUAAUAUUAUCUACAUUCAUUCAAAAAAAAUAAACAAAAGGAAACUUAAAAAAUAGUAAAAAGUAAAGUAAAAUUUACAAUAAAAUAAUAAACACAAGUUUAAUAAUUAUCUCAGUUUUAAAUGUAUAAGUACAAUAUUUUGUCGAUUUUAAAUUUGCAAAAAACAGAGCAAACAUAAUAUGCAAUUUUUUUUCUUUUUAAAUAAAUAAAUAAUACUUUUUUUAACUUAAUUUUUAAGCAGUUUUUAGUUUCCUUUGUAACAUUUGCAAAGUUUUAUAAUAAUAAUAUCUUUUAUCUUUGUUUUAGCCAAAUUUCCAUAUUUGUAAUUUAAACAAUUUUUAAUAUAUAUAUUUUUUUUU